AUGAGCGACAGUCUGACUCAGCUGCAAGAUGCUGUUGAUCAGCUCGCGCAGCAAUUUGUCGCAAGUCUGCACUUUGUCCAUCGCCGACACGAUCUCGAGACCCUGGGCCCGAAUGACAAGAUUCGCGAUGUCAAGCAGGAGCCAAACCAGAAAGAAGUUGACCCUCUCCCCGCAGACGAAUUCGCAGCCGGUUUGAACGAACUCUCGCGCGAUCUCGUAUUCAAAGAGCAGCAGAUUGAGUAUCUGAUUUCGCUUCUGCCGGGCUUGAAUAACAGCGAGCAAGAUCAAGAGAGAGCCAUCAAGGACCUCGAGGAGGACCUGAAAGCGGCAGAGGCCGAGAGACAAGAAGCGCUAAAGGAGCGCGACGCGAUCCUGACGCAACUGGACUCGGUGAUUUGCAGCAUCCGACGACCUUAG